CUUUUUUUUUCUCACUCUUUUGGAUAUCCGAGUCCUCUGGACUAUUAUAUUUCUUCUUCGCCAUCCGGCUGUCACCAUGAACAGCUUGGUGGCUACACCUCCUGUUCCGCCUCACUUCUACGAGAACUCCCGAUUCUCUCCCUCCCGUAUGAUGUCUACACCCUCGUCGUCGUAUGCCAGCCGUAAACGGAAAGCCGACGACGACAACGACCAUGAUGGACGCAUGUCUGCUUCGCCCACAAACUCUCCCGCCUUCACUCCUCGACAACUCCCUCACAGCUACCGCAACAUCAAACGUUCCCGACCGAACGUUUCAGGCCGACCUCUAUCUCUGCCCCGUCUGCUAGAGACCCUCGAUACAGAUGCCUUGCGGACGGUUGUACGGACCAUGUGCGAGCGUCACCCUCAACUCGCUGACGAGGUUGUGCACACAUCCCCACGUCCGAAUGUCUCCUCAACCCUACAAGUCCUUCGAAACUAUCAGGCUGCCCUUCAGUCCUCAUUCCCGUUGGGUGGCAACACCGAAUCGGAUUAUGCCUACAACCGAGUUCGACAGCCGCUCACCAACCUUCUUGAUGCCCUGAGCGACUUCACACCCAACUUCCUUCCUCCAAAUGAAACCCAAGCGUCCACAUCCUUGAGCUACCUAGAUGGGGCAACCGACAUCAUUCAUGCCUUGCCUCGGUGGAGCACGCCACAAAACAACAUCGAACGAGACUCAGCCUACGACGAGAUGUGCAAGGCAUGGGUUCUGGUCAUCCGGGAAGCGGCAAAAAGAGGUGGCGGCAUCCAGUUACAGUACGGAGGUUGGGAUCAGAAGCUGGCCAAGCACAACCAAACCUCUGGAGGAAAGCUACAGGGAGCUGUCAAUGAACUCGGCUUCAGCUUGGGAUGGAUGAGUGGAUCCGAUACACCAUCCCACGCAGCCAACAACGACAUGGGCUCCAUACGGGAUCAACUCUUCUCCGGAACUUACGGGCUGGGAACCCCAGUCAAGGUCGGACCAUGGUGA